CCCAGAGAAAUGUAAAUAUAAAUAAUUUUCUUUUCUGCAUUCGGUUCUAUUCUGGGGGGUGUGUACUGUGAACUUGGGCUGGCACUGCUACCACCACCUCUUAUGCUCACACACGCUUUCUCCUUCAUCUUCUUCUUCUUCUUCUUCUUCUUCUUCUUCUUCUUCUUCUGUUCUGUUCUGCUCUGCAACCAACCCCACCUUCUUCUGCUAGCACCACCUGUUUAAUUGAUUCCACGAACUAACCCUCCUUCCUUUUUGUUUUUCCCACAUUCAUCUGUUUCUUCCACUUUCCACUUCUUCAAGAUCUGCUUCUCUUUACUUUCACUCAAUUGAAAAUGAAAAUGGCGGAGAAGGAAGCAGAGAAGCUAAUUUGGGAACAUGUCAGAAGCCCUAAAUCUGCAACCACCGCCAUUAAUGGACCACAGUCACGAACCUUACACAAGCUUCUCUUCUUGCUAAUCUUCUUCGUCUCCCUCACCUACGUCAUCUACACGCUCAAACUCAUCUCCACCUCACGCUCUUGCCACCACACCGAAACCCCUUUCCCCAACCACGCCCUCGCCUCCCGUGAAACCGAAACAGAAACGGUAACCCACCGCGCCGACACCCAAACGGAGCUCCGGCACGUGGUGUUCGGGAUCGCCGCGUCGGCCAAGCUAUGGGACCAGAGGAAGAACUACAUCAAGCUCUGGUACAGGAGGAGAGAGAUGCGGGGCGUGGUGUGGCUGGACAACAAGGUGAAGACGCGGGAAGGCGACGGGAUUCUCCCGCCGGUGAGGAUCUCCGGCGACACGUCGAGAUUCUCAUACACGAACCGGCAGGGGCACCGGUCGGCGAUCAGGAUCUCGCGGAUCGUGUCGGAGACGCUGCGCCUCGGGAUGAAGGAUGUGCGGUGGUUCGUGAUGGGCGACGACGACACCGUUUUCGUCACCGAUAACCUUGUUAGGAUUCUGAGGAAGUAUGACCAUACCCAAUACUAUUACAUUGGGAGCUUAUCGGAGUCUCACUUGCAGAACAUCUUCUUCUCCUACGGCAUGGCCUACGGCGGAGGAGGCUUCGCUAUCAGCUACCCUUUGGCGAAAGCUCUCAGCAAAAUGCAGGACCGUUGCAUUCAGAGGUACCCGGGACUCUACGGCUCCGAUGACAGAAUGCAAGCUUGUAUGGCCGAACUCGGUGUUCCACUCACUAAAGAAACCGGUUUCCACCAGUAUGAUGUGUAUGGGAACCUGUUCGGUCUUCUUGCAGCUCAUCCUGUGACUCCAUUGGUGUCAUUACACCACCUUGAUGUGGUUGAGCCAAUCUUCCCCAACGUGACUAGGGUGCAAGCUCUUCAACGCCUUACUAUACCGAUGAAGCUUGACUCUGCCGGGCUAAUGCAACAAUCAAUCUGCUACGACAGAUCGAAAAGCUGGACGGUUUCCGUUUCAUGGGGUUUUGCUGUUCAGAUAUUUCGGGGCAUAUUUUCACCCCGGGAGAUGGAAAUGCCUUCUAGAACAUUUUUGAACUGGUAUAAAAGGGCAGAUUACACUGCUUAUGCAUUUAACACGCGGCCAGUUAGCAGAAAUCCAUGCCAGAAGCCUUUUGUAUUUUAUUUCUCCAAGGCACAACAGAAUUCCACACUGCAGCAGACAGUGACUGAGUAUGAUAGGCAUCGUGUCCCUCACCCGGAAUGCCGGUGGAAGAUGGCUGAUCCUUCUUCUCUUGAGAAAGUCACAGUAUAUAAGAAGCCAGAUCCACAUCUUUGGGAAAGAGCCCCGAGGAGAAACUGUUGCAGAGUGAGGAAAUCAACGACGAAGAAAGGAACCAUGGUUAUAGAUGUGGGUGAGUGUAGGGAAGAUGAGUUAAGCGAAGCAUAGGGUAUGUUGGUUUUAACAUCCAACCAUAUUCAACUCCAACCCUUCAAAAAAAUUGCUUUCACAUUUUGGCGAGAUCCCACUUUCCAAGGCAAAAUCAAUGUGCUUUCACUCUAAACCAAACAUGCUCUAAAGUAGUGAUAUGUCACUGAUAAAUUAUAUUAAGGAGGAGGAUUCAUGAACAUAUUUCAUUAUUUGUUGGAUGGCUCCCUCACUCACACUCACGUUGUGAGAUUUUGCAAUUUUUCCUCGGAGUUUACUGAGGUGGAGUGAGAGUUGGGGAAAUGUCUGUGUACAAAAAGAAUUGUAGUUUAAGCAAAAUGUGGAUGGGAAGGGGAAGGAGGGAGAAUUUUGAUUUGUAAGUUACUAUUGCUGAAGGGAAUCUUUAAUUCGUGAUUUAAUGCACCUGCCUACUAUUUCCACAUACUUUAA